AUGAUACUCGCCCAGCGAGAAACCAUAAUGGGGCCCGAUGACCGUAUAAAUACGCCAGACGACAUCAAUCAAGACGACUACGGUACCAGGGUUCGAGUCCGACGUGCCAGGACCACCCCAGCUUAG